CCUGAGUGUCCCCAGAGUCCUCCUGAGGGGCCUUCCCAGUCUGCUCUCCAGGGUCCUGUGAGCUCUUUCUUCUCCACCACUUUAUUGAACCCAUCCAGUGAAGAGUCCAACAGCCCAGUAGAUGAAGAUACAAGUACCUCAGACACCUUACUAGACAGCGAGUCCUUGACAGAUAGCGAGUCUUUGACAGUCACUGAGCCCUUGUUUACUCAUACACUGGAUGAAAAGGUGGACAAGUUGGUGCAGUUUCUUCUUCUCAAAUAUCAAGCAAAGGAGCCUGUCACAAAGGCAGAGAUGCUGACAAUUUUUGUCAACAGGUACAUGGGCUACUUUCCUAUGAUCUUCAGGAAGGCCCGUGAGUUCAUAGAGAUUCUUUUUGGCAUUGCCCUGACAGAAGUGGGCCCCGACCACUCCUAUGUCUUUGUAAACCCAUUAGACCUCACCUGUGAAGGGAGUCUGAGCGAUGAGCAGGGCAUGCCCCAGAACCGCCUUCUGACACUUACUCUGAGUAUAAUCUUCAUAAAGGGCUCCUCUGCCUCUGAGGAGAUCAUCUGGGAUGUGCUGAGUGGGAUAGGGGUAUGUGCUGGGAGGAAGCACUUCAUCUUUGGGGAGCCCAGAGAGCUCCUCACUAAAGUUUGGGUGCAGGAACGUUACCUGGAGUACCGGGAGGUGCCCAACACUUCUCCUCCACGUUAUGAAUUUCUUUGGGGUCCAAGAGCCCAUUCAGAAAUCAGCAAGAGGAAAGUAGUAGAGUUUUUGGCCAUGCUAAACAAUACCGUCCCUAGUUCCUUUUCAUCCUCAUACAAGGAUGCUUUGAAACAUAUAGAAGAGAGAGCCCAGGCCACAGUUGACACCACAGAUGAUUCCACUGUCACAGACAGUGCAAGCUCCAGUGUCAUGUCCCCCAGCCCCUCUUCUCCUGAGUGAAGUCUAAGGCAGAAUCUUCCUUUUGAGUGUGAACAGGGCAGGCGAGUUUCUAUGCGGUGGAGGGCCCGGGUGAAGCUGGAGAGAACACAGUGUUGUUUGCAUUUCUGUUCUAUAUGGUAGUUAAGGGAUUUACCUGUUUUACUUUGGGGUAUUUUUGAAAUGCUUUUCCUUUUAAUAAAAGGUUUAAAUAGCUUCAGAAUCUUAGUUUAUGAAGUUUAUGAAUAUUAGUCACACAUGUAUUGCUGUUUAACUGGUUUAGGAGUAACAGUUUGAUAUUUUGUAAAACACACACAAAAUUGGGAAAAUCUUGUGCCUUAUUUGUGAUCUGUCACAGGUUAAUGUGGUAUUACUGUAGCAAUUUUCUUUAAACUGUAAAAGAACUCUGGAGUUAAAUAGUGGAACAAAACAAAGGAUUGUUAAUAUUUGCAUUUCCUCAUACCCUUUAGUCUGUUGUUCUUGAAAAUUAAAGAUACAUACCUGGUUUGCUUGGCUUGUUUAAUAAAGUAGCAGAGAUUAAAUGAUAAUAAAUAAAAAUAUCACUGACUCCUUUAUUUGAUGAA